AUGGCCCGACAUGUUUUCGCUUGGCUCUGGGCCGUCCCUGUGCUGGCCCAACUCCAGAGCUUCCACCCCCUCGGCCACGACGAAAUCACCUAUAGUAUCAAUGUUCCCGAUAGGACCGCCCAAUCCGGCUCUGGAUCUAUCUACUUUCAAAUGAAUUCUACCCGUCAAGUGCAAUGGUUUGCGCUAGGGCAAGGAACGGGGAUGGCAGGCGCCAAUAUCUUUGUUACUUAUACUUCCGGCAACAACGUGACAGUUUCUCCACGGUCUGGCAUAGCCGAAGUCGAGCCGUUAUAUAACAAAGACGCCCGAAUCACAAUUCUCAAUGGCAGUGGUGUACACGACGGAGUCAUUACCGCCAAUAUCCGGUGCGAUACCUGCCUGAAAUGGAAUGGUGGAACAGAAAAUGUCAACAGCUCUUCAAGUCCGUGGAUCUGGGCAGUGAAGUUCGGGGAUUCGCUGGAAUCAACCAUUGCUUCCGAGACAAUCACCCAACACGAUGACCAGGGUGUCGUGUCUAUCGACAUGAAGAAAGCGACGGGUGGCAGCUCGGAGAACCCUUUCGCUCAACUGGCCCAAGCGUCUGUUCCCAGUGCAGAUCCGAGUUUUUCUUCCUUCUCAGACAUGAUCAAUAAGAAGCAGACGGCGCAUGCUGUGCUCAUGAUCUUGGCCUUCGUGGUCAUGUUCCCAUGUUUCGCACUGGGCCUCCAUCUCUUCCCAGCGAAGUGGACAGUGAAUCUCCAUUGGCCCAGUCAACUGUUCACUCUGGCUGUUGUCAUUGCUGGCCUCGGUGUUGGUGUUUCCAUGGCAAGGGAUCUCUCCUUGGUUCAUCACUACCAUCCCAUUAUCGGCAUGGUAAUUGUUGCCUGCCUCGUUGUUUUCCAGCCUGCCAUGGGGAUAUUACAGCACCGGUUCUUCCGGAGGACUGGUGGAAAGGGACCUUUGCCUAUACACAUCGGUGGUUUGGGAGACUCCUGA